UUCCUGUGCGUGGCGCUUUCCCGGCGUGCCUUGCGCCACCCUUCUCUGUUGAUCGUCACCGCCCGCGCCGAUCGCCUCAAGGGAGAAAAAAUUCACGGCAGCGCUUCUUCCUCGGCUGCUGCUGCUGUUGUUGUUGUUGUUCCUCUCUCAACCCCACACCCACCACCUCGCCCUUGAGCGGAUCACGGCGAUACGGGGUGAUUUGAGCGCGAGUUCGAUAACAUCGGGCGAGUUGAGGCUGAGCGCCGGUGAGAGACUUGCGCUAUGGAGGAGGACAUUCUCACCACGCUCAAGAUUCUCAUCAUCGGAGAGAGCGGCGUUGGCAAGUCCAGCCUGCUCUUGAGGUUUACGGAUGACACGUUUGACCCCGAGCUGGCUGCGACGAUCGGUGUUGAUUUUAAAGUGAAGACAAUCGCUGUGGAUGGAAACAAAGCAAAGCUCGCUAUUUGGGACACGGCUGGCCAAGAGCGCUUUCGCACCCUGACGCCGAGCUACUACAGAGGAGCGCAGGGGGUGAUUCUCGUGUACGAUGUGACCAAGCGAGACACCUUCUUGAAGCUGGAGAACUGGCUGAGCGAGCUUGAGACGUACACCACACGCAGCGACAUCGUCAAGAUGCUGGUGGGAAACAAAAUUGACAAGGAUGGGAGAGUUCUGGAUCGGACAGAAGGUUUGAAGUUUGCCAGGAAACAUUCCAUGCUGUUCAUCGAGGCGAGCGCUAAGACGCGAGACGGAGUGCAGUGCGCCUUCGAAGAGCUGGUGGAAAAGAUCAUCCAGACGCCCGGCCUGUGGGAGAGCAAGGGUCAGGGCCAAAGCCGCUCCGGCGUGCAGCUUGGGAGAGACGAGGCGACGCCGGGCGCCGGGAGCUGUGGGGGCUACUGCUCCCUCGCCUGAGCGUCGCGCAAAGUCCUUGGCGCCUUUUCGUCCCACGACCCCAAAGCUCUCCGAACGCACAAAGCACGACGACUACGGCCGCAGCGGCGGCGGCGGUUCGCGCUCCAGCCAAGUCUGAGCCGGGCUGACCGUUCAUUCAUCGCCCAGCUCUUUCCCCCCCCCCCCCCCCGCACGCACACCGACAGCAACCGCCAACCGCCACUAAGUGGCGGUGAUGUCGCAACGGCGCUUGUGCCAGGCUACGUGCACGCACGCACACACACACCCACGGCGCUUGCUUAGUCACAGCGAGUGCCCACGGGGAAUUUGUUCGCUCGCUCAAGCUUUUGAAAAAACAGAGGUACAAACGUGUACCGCCUUGUAAUUUAGCGAAGGGCUUCCGUUAGAAUGAGCUCAGCCGCCCCCCUCCCCCCACUCGAGAGAGUAUAAUCUUACAAACAGGAAAACUUGUAUUCAACCCAGACUCUGGAUCAAUUACGAUUGUAAAUUGUGUCAUCUGUACUCAAUUCCGAUCGCCACGCAAUUGCGAUGGUUGCUUGAGUUAACGAGGCUGCUGUAAUUGUUCACUGUAAUUGACCCCAGGUCUGAUUCGACCUCAUUCACUUCGACCUCCCCCUCUGUCCUCCUGUGCGUGGCAGUCCGCUGCUUUCGUCUCUUUGGGUUAUGUAUCUGUCUUGUAUUUGUUGCUCUUGUUAUUUCUCUCGUGUUUUCGCCGUCAGUUUGAUUGAAGAAAAUAAAUAAGUCCUCUUUCAGGAGGUUCAUAUCAUGUCGGGACGAUGUAUUUGGCACUGCUGAGAUCCUGCUGUUGAAUCUGGACGGUUAAAAACUGAGUUAUCAAAUUUAGUGGGUUGAUGGGUCUGAGCCAAGUCACAAAAUGUGACUGGACUGAGACCACCAAAGUAAUUGCAUUUUCACUAAAUUGGACAGACCAAAAUUGAAAACUAUCCGUUUGCCUGAUGUAUGGUGAACUUUGCUGGGCAUACAAAGGGUGUGAUGGAUAAAGGAGGCCUAUUGAAGUGACUUCAGAAGUAGUUCUCCGACAUCCUCUUCUGAGGCCUUCCUCUGACGGGGGACAGUGUUUAGCUGCUUGCCGGCCGGCAAGAAUUUCCAACGGGAAAUGAAUUUGUCAUUUUGACAAAUGAAAAAAAAAUGUACCAUUUAAAAAAUAUAUAUAUCUUAAGUAAAUAAAUACGUGUAAAAAUGUACGGGGAGACGGAUGCUUUUUUUUUUUUACACGAUUCUCACUUGAGUCGAACAAGCGCUUAACAUGCAAUAUAAGCUCGUGUGGAAAAACAAUUAUAAACUAACACUUUCCCGUCCUGCUUUGCGAUGCCGUUCAGUGUCGGGUCACCGCAGCGGUUUUCUUUCGACGUUUCGGGGAGCGCGACGUUCGUUCCACCCACGGUGACGCGAACCUUCACCGACGCUGUCGAUCCUGCGAUGCAUGCCGAGCAUGUGAAGUCGGGAGAAAUGUAUUUUCAAGCACACUUUUAAUUGACCGGGCAACGCAGCAUCACGACGUAGUGGUUCACACUCGUCAACGCGGAGAUUGCACACCUACGGAAAGGAUCGUUGUCUCGUUCAGCUUUUGUCAAGCUCUCAAUAUAUUGUUCACACAUUUGUACAUUGUUCUUAGCUGCUUGAGCCCGUUGUGGGUUGACGCCGUCUUUAUAUAACCCUAUCGCGCCUUUUGAAAGUCGCUUGAGAACUCGACUGUUAUAAUGUUACCCUCGGCCACUGUUCUCUUACUGAAGGUAUUACACGUUGUGCAGUCCAUAAUAAUCCCUUUUGAAAUUGGACCGGUACAAAUGUAUGAAUAAAAGAGUUAAAUAUUGGAAACA